AUGCACUUAAGAAGCCCUUCCUUGGAGAACAUGGACCCCUCCAAUAUCCAUAUUAUCAGGGAGAUUUGGCGCUCUGAUGCGUCUUCAAUAUUCGAGGUAGAUCUGGAUGGACAACAGUAUGCAUUGAAGCUUUUCCACGACAACGGCGACCCCGGAUAUGCCGAAAACGGUCGUGAUUUGAACAGAUUCCGCUGCGAAUUAAAUGCUUAUAAGAAGCUUGUCACUGCUGGUGUCUGUACGCGCGGUUUCGUGCCAAAAUUCUACGGCUACAUCGAUCGAAUGGAUCCCGCAGCAUUUCAUCCUGCUUUACAAUCUUUCGCCCAUGACAAGCUCAAGCCGAGAGCGAUACUGCUAGAAUAUUUCCCAAAUGCAGAGAGUUUGAACUGCGUGAACUACUCGGACGCGCUCUAUCCCCAGGCAAUCGAGGGCAUGCAUGAGAUACACAGGGCGGGUGUUCACCACGAGGACAUCUACCCCAAAAACCUUCUCCUUGUCCAUGAGAACCCCGAUAGGCUGGUCUGGAUUGACUUUGAUGUUGCAACGACCUUCACCGACCUUGGACCUGAACAGCUGGCCCGCGGUGACCACGAAAUUGCGCUUGUGAAGGGAUUUGGGGAAGCUCUGGUAUGGGUUCCAUUGCUGUCUACGGAAUCAUUUAGCUAA